GUAUGCGCUAAAGGCAUGCUUAUCUGGCUGCGUAUGACGUCAGUUCUAAAAAUACAACAGUUUCGACAUCAAGCGGAUGGCAUGCUCGCGCUAUACGCUGGAUGGAUAGCUUCACUCAACGGUUUAGCACAGCGUAGGGACAUUGCAUGACUCCGAAGAACAUGAGCGUGAAUCGGUGGAUCAAACGUUUCUGGCUGGAAGUGUGCGCGUUCGUGCUGUAAACUGUGAAUCGAUUUCGUUUUGAUUGUUUGGGAAAAUAGUACGCGACAAUGCUCGGUGGGAAAGUCGUCCACUAGUCUGGCGGGAGUGUGUAGAGCGAUUAGCUUUAGUGUAUGUGUGUGUGUGCGUAUUGUUUGUGUGCAACAACGAUUCACGUGUGUUCCUUUCCCACCGUUGCUCAUCCUUGAACUGCGGCGCGACAUCGUUGGAGCUUGCCCCGGAUCCCUGCCAUCGUCACCUCUACGGUCAGCACCCACAACAACGGAACAGCAUUUUGGUGUUGUUUGAUAUCGAUUUUUGCGCUUGUCCUGUGCUGGUUAACCUUCCACCACCUGGGCAAGGUUAAAAGGGUGAUGCACAGUUGCUUGAAAACAAUAUCCACGGUCAUGAUGCGCCCCAGCACGCUGGAUAUAAAAACAGCAUACCACGAUGGAUGCUACACGUUCAUGAGGGACACUUUCAGAUGCUGGAAGGCACGGAUGGAAUCGCCAGAAAGUUCGUACCUCACUGAACUGUUUGCCGAUCUGCAGCAGUCCUUGUCGAGGGAGCAAGUGCGGGAUAUUCUGUUCACGAUGAGGAAUGUCACACGAGCGCCUGCCAUGACAACGUGUCCAAACAACUUGAAAGCGGCCACCACAACACUAUCGCCAGCAUCACAACCGCAACCGCAUCAGCAGCAACAAAAUCACGCACCAUCCGUGCCCCAGGCGCUCAAACAGGAACGACCACAGCUUGGUGAACAGUUAACAUUCGGUGAAUUUACUGCGAUAGCAUCCUGUACGAAAUGUUUUGGCCGACAGUCAUCUUUUCAAUCAAUGCGGGUGCGCAACGGAGAGGAACUGGACAGCGUGUUGGCGAAUCCCGGCACGGCAACGGACACGGAACCAUCGGCUGGUCCGGAAGUAUUUCUCGGGGGUUCAUGCAAUCCGACUACCUGGCGAGCGGACGUUGCCAUUCCGGCGCUCGACAGGCUCGGCAUUUCGUUUUAUAAUCCACAAGUAUCCCACUGGACACCAGAUCUGAUCGAACUUGAACACCGCGCCAAGGAAAAGGCGAAGGUACUAUUUUUCGUGCUCGACUCCCAGACCCGCUCCACUGCUGGUGCCAUCGAGGUGGCACACAUCGCCGGGCAGAACUCGAAAUAUUUAUUGCUUGUGCUACUGCCGUACUCCAGCAGACAGAAAAUUCUCAAUGAAACCCUAUCGGAAGACGAGUAUAUGGAUCUCAUGAGUAAUCAGCUUAUACUAAGGCAACUUGUGCUGCGCCGUGGCCUGCCGGUGUUGGACAGUAUUCCCACGGCGUUGGAACAGAUCAAGGAAGUUUUGCUCGGCAACUGUUGCCCUCAACCACCAGUGAAUCUAGCAUCGCGAUUAAUCUCUCUGCGACGAACAUUCGAGCGAGUUGCAGUGGAUAUUACGGAAGCGGCCCGAAUUAACCUUAAACAAUGUCAGCAAGCACUGUGCAGUUUAGGUUAUCCCGAAAAUGUCAGCACCAUGGGCAACAUUCAAAACAUUCUGCUUUGUUACGAAGAAGUGACCGGGCUCGACGUGCAAACGGAGCUCAUUAGACGGGGCGAUGCCGAAAAUGUACUUAUCAGCUUCGAGGAGUUCUGCAUAAUUGACGCUUGCGUCUCGAUACUGAUGCUCGAUUUCUAUGAACACAACUGCACGUCACCAAUCAAGGGCACCAACCUUCAGCAACCUCCAGUGUAUCUAACGGAUCUGCAAGCAUGGAACCACACAAAUCCGGAACUAUCACCGUUCGAGAAUGGCUCCGCCAAAAGCCCUCGGACAUUUGUUUUGCCCAGAAAUGGUGAGGAAACAGUGGCUACACCCAAUGGAACAACCGAUCCCAGUGUGGCUGGACCACCUAGCAGUAGAAGUAGCAGUGGCAGUGAAAUCUGUCGUACCCUAUCCGUCGACGCUGAUCCGGGCGAGGGACCGAAACUGUCGCCCCUGUUUACCGGUGCACUCCCGGCAGCGAUCGACGAACCACGUGCAUUUACUUUUGAUGGCGAUCCCUUCGACGAUGACGAACCGUUACUGGGACGGAUUGAAGCUCGGGACGUCUAUCUCGGGGGAAGUUGUUGGAUGAAGACCAGCUGGCGGCAAAGAUGGGCCUUUCCAAUGCUGAAGCGCCACAAUCUCAGCUACUACGUGUCGGCCCUUCACGAAGGGUUUUGUUGCGGCCGAACGGAACCGGCCACCUGCGACAAGAGCGGCCAGCAGCAGUUUGAUCCGCAAAGUACACUGCGCUAUGAUGCCGCCAUGCUCGACGCUUGCCGUAUCGUCGUAUUUGCGAUUACAAAUGAAACACGAUCUUUAGCACCCAUGACAAUGGCCGCACACUACAUCGGUCUAGGUUACAACGUUGUGCUGUGCGUGCAAAUGCUUUCCUCGAACGACACUUCAACGAACGGCCACAAACCAAUACUAUCCUCCUCCGCUAUCAAAGACUAUAACCGCGGGCGGGCCUAUUUGAUUGAUCUGGCCAAACGGCACGGCAUUCCAGUGUACGAGGACAUGGAGGAAACGUUCGACAGUGUUAUCAACCGGUUAAGAAACUGUACUGUAAGAUACUCAACCUAGCAACAUCAAACCCGUACCCGUUUAUUGUGAUUUAGAGUUUAUUUUACUUUCCCCUUUUUUAACAAACCCAACAAAUGAAGCAAACUUUAAACUAAUUAUACACACACAGAACACACAGAGAGAAAAAAAGAACCCAACACGAACCGUUGAUGAGUAAAAAAAUAACAUAAUUUAA